AUGAGUGGUGGUGGUGGUGUAGAAAAAUCUUCAGGCCCUUGGAAUAAAACUGCUCCGGUACAAGCACCUCCUGCUCCAGUAGUUGUUACAGAAACCCCAGAACCGACAAUGACUAGUGGCGUGUACAGGCCUCCUGGAGCCAGGUUGACCACAACAAGGAAAGCACCACAAGGACCACCAGAAAUCUAUAGUGACACGCAGUUCCCAUCCCUGCAGUCCACUGCCAAGCAUGUAGACAGCCGGAAGGAUAAAGAAAUGGAGAAGAGCUUUGAAGUAGUAAGACACAAAACUAGAGGUAGGGAUGAGUUUUCAAAAAACCAGGCCCUUAAACUUCAGCUAGACAACCAGUAUGCUGUGCUUGAGAAUCAGAAAAGCAGCCACACACAGUACAAUUAAGGAAUGGUGUUUGCUAACCCUUCUAAGGUAACUAAACCACAGCUAACCACCACGGACAGCCAUCCAUCUGAUCUCUGCUGGAUCUACAGCCGAUGCAGACCACUUGGUAUACGUGACUGACCAUGUUGCACUAUGGAAGUUUAAGUGUUACAACUGCUCCUUAUGUGUAUUGGCUUUAGGGGGGUUUUCAUAGUUAUAUUAAUGUUCAAACUAGAUUCAGCAGUGUUCUUUCAUAAUUACUCUGCGAGUAC